GAGACCGACCCAGCAAUCCCCCUGUGCCGUACCCAUGGAAAGCGUCGCCGCCAUCGACCCCGACGACGCGUCGGUCACGUGUCGUUUCUGCCUGGGCACGGAGAACGACGAGUUCGUGGCGCCGUGCGAAUGCCGUGGGGGACAACGAUGGGUUCACCUCAUGUGUCUACGACGGUGGCAAAGAUCCAUCCUGGUGACUCAACCAACACAUCCCGCCUUGAUCGAGGAGGAUCGGAGAAUCACUCACUGCCAAGUGUGCCUUGCACGCUUGUCCUGUCCGGUACCUUCUCGUCAUGAGAUGAUGCUGCAGUUCACUGGGGCCGAGUUGGCAUCGCUGGUGCAGGAGCAAAGUUUGAUCGUCUCAUCCAAGGCCUGGUCAACGGCGCUGCGGCUCCUAUUGCAGGAGCAGGGCGAUCGGCGAAGUGUCUACAAUGCCGUUCACUGGGGUCGAAGCUGUUACUUCAUCUACCACUGCGGGCCAAAGCAGCUCGCGCUGAGCAUCCCCGAUGAGCAGAACAGGGAGGCCAUCCUGGAGAAUCUCGACAGCGCGGGGCAACUGGAGAUCCGCGGCAAACAGUUCCGGGUGGUCAUCGAGGGACCUCUGCAGGUAGCAUUGUCCCGAGGGCCAGAAGUUUCCGAGUCGGUAGCCACGCUGCCAAACGCAGAGCUUUAUCGCGCCAUCAGCGAGUUGCAGCUGCCCACAGAGGUCACGUUGGAGCAGGUGGCGGCCACGGACCGGAGCGAUGACAGCAUUCGAGCCAUCAACUUGACCAACAGGAUCUCCAAGGGCUACAAGGAUUUGAGCCAAGACGCGAAGACUCGACUGCGCAGCGCUGUGGAGGCCGCCCAAGUUCCUCAGAAGCUGCUGGCGAAAAGUGAACAUUUCCUGGGCGGGCCGUGUGCCACUGCUCAAUGCAUUGUCAUGAUCUCUGCCAGUCAAGCUGCCACGAUGCCAUGCCCGGGCUUCAAGGUCUUUGACGCCUUGCAGGUGGCUCUUGGAACUGACCUCAUCGCCGCACUGAAGACCUUGCAGCCGGCGGAAGCGGACGACGAACGGCCCAGCAAGAGAAGGAAAGUGGAGGAAGAUCAGGAAGAAACUGAUGAGCCCACGGGGCCCACAGCCAAUGAGGAAGUGCCUGAGGUUCCCGAGGAUGAGGGAUCCGAUGUGUCCGAGUGGGGCCAGUCUGCUGGUGAGUUUGCUUUCAGUGGCCCACCCUUGGACGACUUGGACGAUGACGAUGAGGAGUCGCAAUCAGAGACCGAAGAGGCGGAUCACGGCCCAACGGACACAGGACCUCCCGCAGCGCCGUCAGCACCGUGGCUACGCAUCUUCUGGGGCGAAGCGCGAUGGCAGCGCACGCAGCUGCUGGGAGAGUUGGCCAGAGGUGACUGGGGCCUCUGCCAAGCCAUGGAGGAGGACUUUCUUCGAUGCGACAAGAAUGUUUGGCAGAGGCUGUUGAACCUUCAGCGCCCGGUCUACGCGCCUCAGAAUGAGAUGACUCGCACAGCUGCGUGAGAAA